GAAAAGAGACCCAGUCGCUGUGAGAUUCAGACGGAGGUGGAUGAAGAAGGACGUUUCUGCUUACAGGCAUAGUAGCAGCCCAGAAAGCAUCAUUUUACUGCUGGAGGCAAUAGCCAAGAAGAGUUGAAAGAGAACUUCUUCUGAUGAAGAAUAGCUCUGCCAAGCACUGAAUAUUAUCCAAUAAGAGACAAAAUGCUAAAAACAACUCUACGACCACCUUGUCUCCAACCUCAAUCCAACCGUGCAGGCCCCAGCAGAGUUGACCCAAAUCCUCACAUUAUUAAGAACUCCAAGACUGACCCUGCAGGAGGCAAAAGCUAUUUGGCAAGGCUGCAAGGAACGGGAAAUGAUAGUAGCCAUGGAGAGCAGGAAAGGAAAGAGUCAGCCAGAGAAAAUCUCCAGAAGGAACCUUGGAGAGCCAAUGGGAAUGUCCUCCCCCACAAAAGCAGUGACAACAGGCCAGUGUCCAAUGAGAAAGGAGACUCUCCGUGGCCUGUUUCUGAUGGGAUGGAUUCUGGGAUUAACAACAAAGACGAUCAAAGUCAAGAAUGGAAAGUGGUGAAAGUGAAACGAGUUGUGCUUUCUCCCGAUGAGCCUAGGAAAGCAAAUAUCUCAAGAAGUGCAAGCUUGUCUGAAACAGAGCUGAAGGAAGCAAAAGAGAGGAGCCAAAGAAUUGUUGCUCAGUUGACCAAUCCACCAAGUUCCAAUUCCAAAGGAGUCCUGCUGUUUCACAGACGCAAGCAGCGAGUGAAUGCAUUCACCUUAGGAGCCCCAAAGCCAACCAACCCAGAACGAGGAGCUGCGGAGAAAGACCCCAAAGCUAUCACUCACCCGUGCGCUCUGAGCCAUGGGGAGGCAUCGCAUCUGAAGCAGACUCCAAAGCCAAACAAGGAGCUGAACGCUUCACUCUGCCUCAAUAGUUUUGGACGCUGGGGGCAAAAAGUCACCAUGGAAAAAUACGAGGAGGAACUGGGUGUGGAACAUCCCCUAGAUAACGCACAGGGCCUUCCGUGGAAUAAGGAAAAGAGUGAGACGAUUCUUUAUUCAACAAACCCAACAUCCUCUAAAGAUAUUCCAGAGGAAGAAUUUCAGCAGAUCCCGCUCAGUGUAUACCUUAAAGAGAAUACAGGGACAGCUUCAACCAACGGAAUACAUGAACCUCUCACUGAGUUUGGAAAAAUGCCUAUGGUUGAGCAAGGACCAAUUAUGGGCAAUACAGAAAAUAUCCCAGCUAAGACUGAGGAUGAGGCUACCCCCAAGAUUGAGAAGAAAGAUACCAUUCUUGAAAAAGAACUGUACCUUCUGCAUAUGGAUCGGGAAAAUAAUAUUCUCGAUAAAGAACCGUAUCUACCCGUAGUUAGUGAGAAAAACAACAAUAUUCCUGACAAAGAUCUGUAUGCUGCCGUCAUUGAUAGGGAGAAUAAUAUUGUCCUCAACAAGACACCGAGCGAACCAGUCAUAGACAGAAAGGAAAAUGGAGAGCUGCCCUACAUGGAACAAGAGGAAUUGGUCACUGACAAUGAGAACAUUUUUCCCACUGCUGACACCGAAAAAGCCACCAAUGUAUGUUCUGAUGAAACCAGCACACAAAAUCAUAGGCAGUAUUGUGAAGUGCGCCUCACUUUGUCUAAGCCCCAACCAGUGAAGAACCGAACUGCAAGACCUUUUGGCACUCAGUCACUUGCUAAAAUCCUCUCACCAGCAGAGAAGAGUCCAGUGGCAGAGAUUCCUCCACCACCCACCUAUGCAGAAGCAUUUUCCAGCCCUCCUCCGGUGACUAGGGUCAGGUCACCACCAGCUUACUCAGCACUGUAUCCUGGUCAAGAACAGAAAAUCCUGGUUCCACCUGAAACUAGGUCCAAAGACAACAGCCCAGGACCUCAAUUCAGAGCGGAUAAAGCACCACCUCCAGAUAAAACAGGCAUUCUGGAGGAAUCUGCAGCCCGCAGAACACCUAAGAAGUCCAUGUUCACCUUUGUGGAGAAGCCAAAAAUGGGUCCCAAUCCAGAUCUUUUGAAUUUAGUACAGACAUCAGAUAAUAAAAAGAAGCAAGGAGGAGCCUUUCCUGAAGAUGAAUCAUUUGCAUUGGGUGCAGAUGCCUCUAACUUUCUAACUGAAGAUCGAUCAUUACAUGGACCUACUCAGUCCCUUGGAGAUCCUCCACCGGAGUGGUCUUCAUGUUUAAGAUCACCAAAAAUACAGCCUAGACCUAAAAUAAUCUCCAACCAAAGCUUAUCUGAGGCGAAAGGAAAGGGGGCAGAACUGUUUGCCAAGAGGCAAUCAAGAAUGCAGAAGUACGUCAUUGAAGCCCCAUCCCAUCCAGAUAUAGCAAGAUCACCUUCACCUACAAUGUCUCUUCCUCCAUCCUGGAAGUAUACUUCAGAAACUCAUCUCUCCCCCGUGGCAUUCCAACCUACACUCAAAAGUCCAUCAAGAUCUCCAAAAGGCCCCCCUGUAUCUUUCUACAACAGCAAUUUGACAGAAAGUGAGGUCUUCAAAAAGGAGUUGGAAAUCUCCAAGCAACAGCCUUACCAGCUUCGGUCACCCACGUUUGUUCGUUCCCCAGUCAAAGAACCCAUGAGAUCUGUAGACCCUGAAAGGGGUUUUAUGAGACAGACUUCUUCCUCUACUUCGCCCAAGGCACCUUCUCCUCUGUUGUACCCACCUGUCCAGUCCAGCCCAAGCAGAACAUUGCCUGGCCUCUUUGCUCCCUUACCUGGAAACAUGUUUCCAUUACAGAAGUUCAGAGCAAAUGCUGAAAUAUCACCUGAAGCGUCUUUUGAUCACUCUUCUAAAAUUUUGUCUCCAAGAGCUAAAGGAGUAUUCCAAGCUCCAAGACCAUCUUACUCCACCAAGAAUGCAGGGAUUGAGCCUCAGGAAAGAAAAACAUCCCUGCCUGCCUCCCCAACUUGGACUCCACAGCCGAUAAGUCGAUCAUCCAGCAGCAUAGAGGGCUGGAUGAGCCCAGCCCAAACUCCAGAAUCUGAGGAUGGGCUUGUCGAAGCCUUUCGAGCAGCCCAUGUUAUGACUCCACCUCCUCCCAUGUCUCCAUCCUGGAGCGAAAGGUCUCUGUCCCCAUUUCGACAGGAGAUUGACCAAAAGUCCAGCCGACAGAUGCAGGUGCUGUUGGCAAGAAAUAUCAUAAAUGCUGCCCGGAGGAAGAGCUCUUCUCCCAAACUUACCGGAGUAGAAAACUUCAGGCCCUUCACGCCACCUGUCACUUGCCCCAAUGUGUCAUCCACUGGUGGAAGCCCUAAGAACAGAAGUACUCAUACUCUGAGCCCAAUUCAGUCACCCAAACCAACAAGAAUGGAUGGCUACAGACGUGUCUCCCUCCCAGUCUCAGCUGCCCCAUCGCAGGCUAGUGCAUCAUCAAGCAACAGCCCCAGGUUGCUAGGCAUCAAAUCUCCAAGUCCACUACAGUCACCAAAAGCAGGGAGGAUGAAUGGAAACAAAUGCUUCACGCUGCCUACUAGAACUGGAGCGUCCCAGUUCUUUGUCUCAACAAACCAUAAUGGCCCAAGUAUAAUGGGUGCUCAUUCGGAAUCACACCAGCAUCCAGAGCCACUUCAAAAACCCACAAUCGUGGGCAGCCAUAAGGCCUUCACAUUGCCAGCAAACACCAGUGGGAUAUCAUAUAGCAGUCCAAAAAACCUGGAUGCUUCUUCUCCCACUCCCCAAAGUCCCAUGAUGACAACAUGGUCCCCAGUGAAGCGCGCCACUUCCAUGUCCCCCACCAACUCAGAGGCAUCCGUGGACUCUGACUGCUCUGGGGUCAAGUCACCUAGCAUCCGCAGCUUCAAUAUUUGUCCACGAGGCUGGAACGGCAGCCUGAGGCUGAAACGGGGUAGCCUCGCAUCAGAAGCAUCUUGUACCUCUUAAACAUGGGCCAAGAGACAUGAACCCAAAAAACAAAGGUUGUGAAAACUGUUGCCAAAAUAUUUGUGCAGGUCCAUACAUGCUUAAUCCUGCCAACCUAGUUAAGUUUUAGGAGGAAGAUGUUCAUCUCCAAAGAUGUGUAACACCUUCUCUCCAAGUUUGCCACUUCUUGGGGACUUUGAAGAAGAGAAUUUAUGAGAAACAUUUCUCAUGCAAUGGAGAAGUGUGAUUCAGCUUCUAUUCCUGCAGGACAUCCAUUUCUACAGGAACUUUGUUAGCUUCCUCCUCCCUCUCUCUUGGAUGACAUGCUUGACUUUCCCAGGUUUUGCUUUCUCUUUCUCAGCUGGACUGGAGACACGAUGAUUUCUUUGCUUUGGGAAGUUUAAGACGCAUCUGACUGCUUGUGUCCCCUCUGAGAAAUAUCCGGCAGGAGGACACAGAGCCCUUGAGAGAAUCCUUGAUGACUCUUAGUGAGGGGACAGUAAGAGAGGAAAGCCACCUUAACUCCAUUUUCCACUUAAAACAAUUAAGUCCAUGUUUCACAUAAAACAAUUGCCAUUGAUUUAGCUCUACUUUGAUGGAGUUACUCUUCAGUUGGCUUCCACUCCAACGUCCUGAGGGAAGAAGAAGAAAACGGGGAUAAAAAAAUGAGCCAGAAGCCCAUUCAGAAGUUGGUGGUGGUGCUUCAUCUGCACAGCGUACUUUUCCUCCAAACAUAUAGAUUGACUUUAUAUGAAUCAAAUGAAAUGAAAGAAGGUUGUUUGAAAGCCUUUUUGUUCUCUGGACUAUUGCAGCUGAAUUACAAGAGGAUGAAGGACCGAUUCAAGCUACAAUCCAAGUACUCCCGCAUCCGCAUUAGAAGAGACCACGUAGGAAUAUGAAAUGUAGGAACUUCCAAGCUUUCUGGAAAUGCCACCAAAGCUAGCCAGCCUGGGACUGUGACAGUAAGGAUCCACAUGGGUUUCCAGUUAACAUGCAGCAAUGGAGGCCUGUUCCCAGAGUGUACCCCAAUGACCUCAGAACUCUUGCCAUGAUUUCAGGACUGAAUGCCCAGUGAGCAAUGGUUCUGGUACUGCCAGUCAUCAGGAGAGAGGUCUUCUGAUCUCUUCUAUUGCUUUCUAGUUUACCAGAUAUCUGGGAGGCAAAGCUAUCCAAAAUGUCGCUCUGGGGGGGAGAUUGGUUAAUAAGCCCCAAAUAAUGCCUCUUCUGACAACUCUUUUUUCAGCACCUGGAGAAAGUUGCCUUCAGGUGCUUCUUGCAUAACGGUUGGAAACAACAGAUGGAGAAGUGAGCUCCACCUCUAAGUGGAGGAUCAGGAGCAAAGUUAGUUAUAUCCAACAGUAGGGAAGCUCAACAGAGCUGUUCCCUAACACAGCCACCUAUCAGAAACUUCAUUGGUCACUUGUAUUUUCACCCUGUAUCUCAGCCCCUAGACAUGCAGGACAGAACACAAAGGUGGAAGUAGUAUCCCUACUCAGGUGGGAGAGAUUUGCAUUCAGAAUAACAUUCCACACUAGGAAAGGAAAAGUGAGGAGUUGUUAUCUAAAACACACAAAGGUGCCAAGAUAUACACAAAGCCAGGCAGGUGGAUGAUUCUGUAUGGAUCAACUAGCUCAGGCCCCCAUCCUUGCAAUCUACUAAGAAGGACUGCCUAUCAGAGUAAAUAGGAGACAAACCCAAGAGGCUAAAUUCCCUUCCAUUUUUCCUCUUUGCUUUAUCCCCCAGUACUGUGACUCAUAGCAACAUCUACAAGGCAUAGUACUGUGUCUGGUAGCAGCAUCUAUCUAUUUACACCAUCUGUGUGGCCCCACGAAACUUCUGAUCUACCUCUGCUGAGCAGCAAAGAAAAACACACCUCAUCUCAUCAUUAUUGUUCGGCAUCUAGAAUGAAGGACUUCCUGAAGUGUAAGGCAUGCAUAUGCAUGCACUUUUCUCUUUUCAGACUUACAAUAGGUCUCUUUAACUGGCUCCAUUCAUUACUUUCAGCCACAAACCAGUGUCUGUGGUUGAUGUGUGAGCCCAGUUUGAGUGCACAAUAACCUAUUCUGUGCUGCACCUUGCCAUAAUCCUGCAGAGUAGAAGGAUCUGUCCUGGAAGUGGUUGGCUGGAGCCGGGUGACUGGGAAAAUAGAUCUCU